GUCAUUCCACUUGCGGAGGUAGUGGAUUUUGCGGAAGCAGGAGGAGAGCCUGUGGAUUUUACUGUAGCUCCAGUGUUGGCUGUGAAAAAGCUUUUGAAACAAACGAAAAUGACCGUCUCUGAUAUAAACUUGUGGGAAGUUAACGAAGCCUUCUCAGUCACAGCUUUAGCGUUUAUGAAAGAGCUGAAUCUUGAUCCAUCAAAAGUCAAUAUUAAAGGAGGAGCUGUAGCAUUGGGACAUCCAUUGGGAAUGUCUGGAUUACGAAUCGUGGUUUCUUUGGCCUAUUCACUGCCAACCGGUGCAUUCGGAAUUGCUGCCAUCUGCAAUGGGGGAGGAGAAGCAAUGGCCGUGUUGAUUCGGAAGCCGUAA